UGUCAAGAGAAACUUAAAAAUCAGCCAAAAACACACUAGUAGUUCAAGAGUCAUUUUCCAUUGUUGCCAUUAAAAACCCUGGUCUGACAGAAAAACAGAAACAGAAACAGAGACACUCUGAAGCUUGACUGCCUUUCUCACAUGACUUUCCUGCCAUCUCCCGUGUAACCCAAUUUCAUCCCCUCCUCUCCUUCUUUCCAACCCCUCUCUCUUUCCAUUUUAUCCCACCUUUCUUCCCAAACCCAUUUUCAUCAUUUUUAUUGAAAAAUUUGAAAAAUUAAAUUAUUUCCAAAGCUGUAAAGCUUGUUACCUGUGAUUAGUCUGGCUCUCCCAACCAUGGAAGCUUUUAGCUUACUCAAGUACUGGAAAUCCGCUGCUGGUAGUGGUGGCCCACCUCUUAUAUCUCUACCUUCAGCUCACAACUCUUCUUCUUCCUCCGCUACCACCACCAUCAUCUCCGCCGUUACCGAAAGCUCCGACCACGACUCCGACGACGAUGACGACGGCCCUUUCUUUGACCUCGAAUUCGCCGUACCUGCCGAAGACGACGAUAACAACAACAACGACGACGGUGACGAUGAUGACGUAGAAUGUAAUGAAGAGGAUCAAACAGAGGAGAGAGAAAAUGAGAUUGAUGAUGAAAAUGAGGAAGAAGAUGAAGAGGUGGAAGUAGUAGAGGAGAGAGAGUUGGAACCGAACCUCGCUUUCUCACCGUCGGAUGACUUGUUCUUCAAAGGUAGGAUACUUCGAAUCGACGGUUCGGAAGAGGAGAUGAUGAACUCCGGUAACAAGUCAGGUCAGUUUCCGAUUCCGGUGUCGCUUGCGAAAUCGGCGACAAAGUUUCGCGUGUUUUUGCUAGGGUUAAAGCGGUCAAAGUCCGAGUCAAAGCAAUGUCACUCUCAAAAUCAGCCGAACAACAAUAACAACCACCACCAAAACAAGAAGUUUUUCACGGUGAAAUUCAAAGUGGAAGAGGUUCCGAUUUUCUCUCUCCUCACUCGCGCUUCUUCUAACUCCAAGGUUAACUCCACCACUACACCCGCCGCCGUCACGACAGCCGCCACCACCGUCGUGAAAGGCGGCGAGAAUGUCGAGGAGGAGAAAGUGGAGCAUCAAAAAUCCGACGAUUCGGCGUCGCAAACGGAAGGUUCUGGAGACGAGAAGAAGAACAAGAAGGAAGUGGUGCAGAAAUACUUAAAAAUGGUGAAAAUCAAAGUGUCGAAAAAAGCGGAGAGAGAAACGACGGUUGAGAAGAGGAGAGAGAAAGUGUCGCAAAAACAAGGGUUGAAUUUGAAGGUAAUAGCGAAGAAACAUUUAGGUAAGAGUAAGUCGGCGGUUGUGCAUUCAAUGGUGCAGAAUACGACGUCGUCUAAGAAAAGAGAUGAUUCUCUUUUGCAGCAACAAGAUGGUAUUCAAAGCGCCAUUUUACACUGUAAACGCUCUUUCAAUUCCUCCGCUGAUUUCUUCGAUGGUGUGGAGGCUAGUUCGGUGUCACUGAAUACUACGGAGGUUGCGGCAGAGGAAGGAAACGUCGGCGUAGCGGCGUAGUAGGGAGAGACUAGAGAAAGAGUAGGGAAUAGGGGUAGUAUUGUAAAUUAUUAAGGUAAAAAAAAGGGAAUUAAAAAAAAAAUGAAGGUAAAAGGGGAGUAUUACUAGUCAGUAAAAAAGUACUGUAGGACUGUAAAAGAAGGUAAAAAAAGUGGUGUGGGAGCAUCUUUUUCGUGCAAAAGAAUGGGAAAUAUAUAAAAAUCCGUAUCUUUUGUCAUAAGUUAAUGUUUGUUCAGAAAUGUGAUAAUAUAGUAUAGUCUCUAUCUAAAAGUUACAUAAAUAACAACAGGGGAGGUACCUCUCAAAUAUGGUAAUGGUUGCAUCUCUUUUUUUACUGAAAAGGGUUAAUGACUAGUCCAUGAUUUGUAUCA